UCGUUUUAAUCCUCAACAAUGGCACAACCCAGUCUGUCCAAGAGUGAUCCUAUCAAUAUUGUGGGCGCCGGAGUUUUCGGCCUUAGCACUGCGAUUCAUCUCGCCCAACGAGGCUACACCGGUGUCACGGUAUUCGACAAGCAUGCUUAUGACGAUAGCCAGUAUUCGUAUUUCAAAGGUGCCGACGCCGCCUCAGCAGACAUUAACAAGAUAAUCAGAUCGGCAUACGGCGGCGUCAGCAUCUACCAAGAUCUUACGCUUGAGGCCAUCGAAGGUUGGAAGCGAUGGAACAAGGACUUAGCUAGCGGAGUAGUGCGGCCGCCUGGGAUGUCCAGAAACGACCGUGUCUUCAUUAAUAAUGGUAACCUCAUCAUGACCGAUGGUGAUGAGUUACCGGAUUUCGACCAGGCCACAGUAACAUCCAUGGAGAAUGCCGGACAUCACGACACGCAGCUUGUGACGACAGAUGCAAGGCACCGACAAGUCGCUCACGCGAAAGGGCUCGGAUUUGCAAUCGAUGCUUUCAGGCGAGAGCAGCGUGGCAAGUCGAAUGUGGCAGUACUAGACACGACUGGAGGUACCGCACUGGCCGGAAAAGCUUGUCGUUUUGCGUUACACAAGGCUCGCACACUAGGCGUGCGAUGUAUUCUGCACCCUGAGACUGGCGCAGUAGACUCGCUGGCUCACUCACCCCAAAAUCCUCGCAAAGUGAUUGGCAUCAAAACUCGAGACGGCAAAGCCCAUCUUGCUGCGCUGACGAUUGUUGCCUGCGGCGGCUGGACACCGGCGCUACUUCCACAGCUUGACGGGCUUUGCGAAGCCACAGCGGGCUCGGUCGCCAUGAUCAAGGUUCCGAGAACCUCACCGCUAUGGGACCGUUUCGCACCUGAGAACUUUCCAUCAUGGGUCUGGAAGAUGCGCGAUGGUGCCGAAGGUGGUCUCUAUGGCUUUGCACGCGACGAGGACGGCUGGUUGAAGAUCGGUUACAGAGGCACCAAAUACACGAACCCUAUCACACAGCCAGACGGCGUCGAAAGAAGCGUACCCGCAACUCGAUGGUCGCCCACGACGCUCAAUGGCCGACAGCUCACCGCGAUCCCGCAGCAAGCCGAAAAGGUGAUCCGACGAUUCAUGGCGGAGAACAUGCCGGAGCUGGUAGAAGAAGGCCUGGACAUUGUGAAGACCCGUAUAUGUUGGUAUAACGACAGCUUCGAUAAUCACCUCGUCAUCGACUUCGUCCCGGAGACCGCGGGUUUGAUGGUGGCAACGGCUGGUUGCGGCCACGCAUUCAAGUACUUCCCUGUCAUUGGAAAGUACGUCGUUGAUAUUGUUGAAGGCAAGGAGCUAAGCCGGCCUUGCAUCAAGGCAUGGAGAUGGCGCACUCUGGAGAAAGGCGCAGUGCCUGCCAACGUGUUGAUGGAAGGCUCGAAAGGGGCCAGGUCUCUACUGAACACACAGCUUGUAUGGGAUGAGGAGGUUCAGGGCCCCUCGGUGCGGGCGAGAUUGUAG